CGCCUCUGUAGCGGCUGCGGCCCCUGCUGAUUACAUAACUCGUUACCGGCGUCUUUCGGCCUCACUUCCGGUUACCUGCGACCCCAGGAUGCGUUGAGCCCUACGGCGCCGUGCGGUGCCGCUGGCUCGCGACUGAGGUGUGAAUGACAGAGGUGGUGCCAUCCAGCGCCCUCAGCGAGGUCAGCCUGCGCCUCCUCUGCCACGAUGACAUAGACACCGUGAAGCAUCUUUGUGGCGACUGGUUCCCCAUAGAGUACCCAGACUCAUGGUAUCGUGACAUCACCUCCAACAAGAAGUUCUUUUCCCUUGCUGCAACCUAUAGGGGCACCAUUGUAGGAAUGAUAGUAGCUGAAAUAAAAAGUAGGACCAAGAUUCACAAGGAGGAUGGAGAUAUACUAGCCUCCAACUUCUCUGUUGACACACAAGUUGCAUACAUUCUAAGUUUGGGAGUAGUGAAGGAAUUCCGAAAGCACGGCAUAGGUUCUCUUUUACUUGAGAGUUUAAAGGAUCACAUAUCCACCACCGCCCAGGACCACUGCAAAGCCAUCUACCUGCACGUCCUCACCACCAACAACACAGCAAUAAACUUCUACGAAAACAGAGACUUUAAGCAGCACCACUAUCUCCCCUAUUACUACUCCAUCCGUGGGGUCCUCAAAGAUGGCUUCACCUAUGUCCUCUACAUCAAUGGCGGCCACCCACCCUGGACCAUCCUAUAUCCUUUUCUUCUUGGGGGAUUUACCGCCAGGCCCACAGCCUGCUCUGCAGCUUCCUGCCAUGGUCGAGCAUUUCCACCAAGGGCGGCAUUGAGUACAGCCGGACCAUGUGAUGCCAGCCGGGCAGCCUCCAGCAGAUCCCACCCCUCGGCGCCCUGCAGAGCCCACCUUCCUGGCCAUCUGACCUCGGCUGUACUCUGUAGAGGAGCUGGCCCGUUGCCUGCCCCAGCUGCAGGCCCGGUGCUACAUGGGCUCAGGAGCAGAGUGUCGUGGGGCGGGCGUGCCCGGUCUCCAACAGGCUCUCCCAGCCAUUCUUCCUGCUCUGGAAACCUCUGCCCAUGCCCUGGUUUGGCUCCCGUGUGAGUGCACCAGCCUGACAGGCCAGCCAUAGUGUUCACUGUGGUCAGUUUCUUCUGCUGCCUUGGAAGUAAAGGGGCAAGAGGGGGCUUCCUUCUCUGCGCCUCUUCACCGGACUCUUCCCCUGUACUGCCCAUUUCUUCCAACUCCUUCCUCCAAAGCCAGAAUGAACUUCUGGGAGGGAGGAACCCAAGUGUUAUAGAUAGACUUGACCCUAAAGACACAGGAGCCUCAGAACAAUGAAGGGGUGAAAUAAAGGGAAUGCCAGACCCUUGUCCAGAACCAGCCUGCAAUAGCCUGGGGGCAGGGAGCAGCCCCUACCUCCCCAGCGCUGGCAAGUGGUAGGCAGAGCGAGGGAGGCUUUUCGCCCAAGCACAGAGCUCUGAGGCUUAGUUCCCUGGCAUGGUGGUCAGAUAAUGGGACGGUUUCCCAUUCCUGUGCUGCCAAUCCUGCUGUCCCAGAGUGAGGAAUUACCCAUUGCAUGCUGGAUGUGCCAUUCAGAUGAACUGCUACAGGGAACCAGGCUGAGGACAGGUGCUGGUGAGUGCCCCGUGGGUCCUCCCCUCCAUCUCUUUAGUCCCAUGAGAUUUGGUUCCAAGGCCUACCCAGAUGCAGACAAGAAGCUGAGUGUGGUGCUGGUCAAGUAAGACCUGUCCUUUGGGUCUGGGGGCAGCCACGUGCCUUGUGGUCCCCCAGCAUCUGGGGGCAGAGACAGGAGAGGCUGUGUCAGUGCCGGGAAGCAUCUGUGUGGACAUCACUUGCUACUGGUGUUCCCCUCCACUCCAUCCCCCAAAGCUACUUGCUCCCUGCCCUGCCCUCAAGAGUAAAGGGGGUUGGCGGAGUCAUGCCCAGCAUUGCGGCAGUAUCAUGGAGCCAUCGCCACACUGCACCAGCCUGAGUGGGAGGAGAAGGAAUAACCAAGCAAGGGGGCCUUGGACUGGCGUCCACCCUUCCUUUGGAAUUCCCAGCCCAGGGGCUUUUCUGGCUUUGUGGUGGAGAGAAGGGGGUUUCUCGAGAUGAAGGGGAGCCUGGGCAGGAAAAUCAUCCCUCCUUCCUUGGCCACUUCACACUCUUGCUGACUGGUCCUUACUCUGCCCUGACGUUAGCUUCGAUCUGAGGCUCAGCUCAGUGCCCUCUAAUCUGAAUCAACGGUUAUCAUGUGGUUUUUUAUUUCUGCCCUUUGGGGAAAGGGAAGAGUCUUCCAGAAGGUUCUGCCUUGGACAUUCAUAAUUGAGCCAAGGCUUUGCCCUGCCCCUUUCUCCUCGCCCCUAAUCACGGCAAUCUCCAGCCCAGUGUUGAGCAGAUUGUAGUGUUUUGUCUCAUUACAAAUAAAUAAAUAGAUUUUAAUUGGUCACAUCAUGUUUUGCACUUU